CCACACUAGUGCACACAAAUCCAAAUGCAGUUUGUUUAAUAUAUUACUUAUUUUUGCAUUUAUUUGAAAUUAAGAAACGUGACUAGCCAAUGAAGCAUCUCCUGGAGGAUCCCUUGGUCCUGUCCGACCUACAGGUGGUGCCGGAGAAGUCUGAUUUUGCGGAGGAUCAACAUAGGAUUGCCGAGAAUCCUGCAGAGAACUCCCCGCUUGUUGAAGAAUUGCCAGAUUCUGGGGAGGAUUUGCAACCGGAAAAGGAUACCUUAUGCCAGUUAGCCUGCAGCCUGCACAAGCUGUCCAAGGAUGAUCACAUAGUAAUCGAUCGCAAGCGCAAUCAGGUGAUUCGCACAGAUGCGGUGACCCAGCAGUUGACCAUUUAUCGCUGCCUGGAUCCCGUGGGCAUGGGCAUGCGUCAGCCGAUACCGAAAGAUGUCAAAAAUCCUCCGCCCAAAGUGGGAAGACCACUGAAAAGGGUCAGUUCAGCAGUUGCUACAGCGCCUUUGGCCAAAAAACCGACUCCAGUGGAGGAAAAACCUGCUCCCGACACCCUUCGCACUCGUUCCGGUCGCCAGGUUCGUGGCUCCAUGGCACAGCCCGCUCCCGUGAUCAAUGGCCAUGCUGCGGAGCCCAGUUCCGGUCAGAUGCUGGAGAUGCUGGUGGCGGACUUGCGGGAUAAGGACUACCGGGCACCCAUGCCAGCGCCGAAAGGUAAUACCAGCAGCGAGGAGGUUGCCACAACGCCCACACCACGAGCCGUGCCCAAGAAUGCCGUUUGUCCGGGAUGUGGGAAGAUCUUCUUGGGCCGUCGAUUGCAACGGCACUUUGUCAAAUUCCCGGAGCACAUGCCACGAGCUGGCGAGCAGCCAUCUGCAGCACCACCAGCAGCUUCUCCCUCUGCGCCUACGCUCUUUGGACUCCUGACGGCCCAGCUGCAACGCCAUUCGCACCUCAGCGAGGAGCAGCGCUCCGAUCUCUUCCUAAACGAACUUAACGACUUUGUGGAGCAGCUGCAGCUGCGCAGCCAGCGGCUCAUACGGAAUACCUCAGGAUUGCAUUUUGUGAAUGCUCGGAUUGCACGUGUUUUGGGAAUACCCGAGGGUCAGUAUGCCCUGGAUAUGUCCGCCAUGGAGUCGCCGCAGGCUCCCACGCCAGAGCCUGAGGGUGCAGCUCUGGUUGCCGGCAGCGGCGGAGGAGCCCGAAAUCUUGUGGUCUACGCCGAGUUGAGUAUGUCGCUGGACGAUCCGCUUACGGACGAGGCUGCACAACGUCUGAAUCUGUCGGCGGGUGGGCAACUUCAUCCGCCGUCGGAGGAGAGCCUGCUUAGGAAUGUCAGUGAUCUCAUGCAGCCGCCUGUGGCAGCUGCUCCUCCGACCGUUAAUCAUGGCUACGAUCACGCCAGCGACAAUGCCGUGGAGGCCCUAAGCAUGAAGGAAACGCCCAAUACGGAGGCCAUUCUCAACGUGGACUUUUUCCAGUUUAAUCAGAAUUAGUCAGAAAAAUAUAUAUUUUCAAGUUAUCAUAUGUAGAAUUGAAAGAAUUUUAAAGACUUUGAAUUUUGUACGAAACAUUCGAUUAAUUUUGUAUUUUUUAGGACAAAUCCUAAUAUUUUAGAACACAAUAUCAAUUGAAGCACAAACAAAAAGAAAGAAUGUUAAGAUUUCUAAAUCUUAUGGAGAAAAAUAUGAAGUUUUUUGAAAUGUUACGCUUUGUUAUUUUGUUUAUUUUGAAAAAAGAAAACAAUGUCAUAACAAAAUAAUAUAAGAAUGAAAAUCAUGAAAAGUUAAUAUAUUUUAUUUUUGUAUUCCUACUCUGAAUGAAGUUUUUAAAGAUGAUGUAAAUAUAUUUAUAAGAGAUAAAAACGCAUAGUUUUGAAAUAUUUUUGUAAUAUUCUAUUUACGUCAACAUUUGAGAACAUAUUUUUAAGAAAAUAUUUACAAUAUUUGUACAAUGAAAAUAUUAUUAUGAAUUAUUUUUAUUUGCACGCACUAUUAAUGAAAAUCCAAUUAGAAUACCAGUGUAAAUGGAUGAGUGGCAAAAAAUGCCCCGACCGAUUGAAAUUAUUUAUGAAGUGCCUAACUUGGCUCACGACAGAUGCCCAUUAAAUAAACUUUGCCACCCUGAGUUUCGAAA